AUGAUAUUCGCUCUAUUUUAUCAUGCAUGCUAUUAUUUCAUUGGGCGUCUUUAUAAAUUUGCUGGUAAUGUUAUAGUUUAUCGAGAUGGUCAAGGCAUAUGGUAUGGACGUGUGAUUCCAUGUCAUGUUGAAAGUAUAAUAGAGUCAACUGUCAUCGAAGGAAAAGUAAUAAAAGAUUUAUAUCGAGGAUCAAUGAAUGGAAGUUUUGCACCAGGAAAAGUUAACUCUAGAGAUACAAUCUUGAGCUCUGUUUCGUCAAGAGUUGUAAUCCUGAAAAUUGAUGACACAUUAACAGUUCCUUCAAUGGCAGAUGGUUAUAUCUUGCUUGGAGAAUUAAAUAUAUUUCCACCAGAGUAA